AAAAUAAAUUGGGUUUUAAGUAAGAAACAUACUAACAACAGCUGAGUCUAAAAACAAGAGCACACAAAUUCAAUCGAUAUGGCCAAAUCUAGUAAUUGGCCAUCUCUUCUUAUGUUGGUCUUGGCCUUGUAUGCCGUUGCUGCGCAUACAAGUGCUCAAUACACAUACUCUCCACCAUCACCCCCACCGUAUGUCUACAGUUCUCCACCACCAUACGCCUACAGUCCACCACCACCAUCACCAUAUGUUUACAAGUCUCCACCUUACGUUUAUAGUUCUCCGCCACCAUACGCCUACAGUCCACCACCAUCUCCAUAUGUUUACAAAUCUCCACCUUACGUCUACAGUCCACCACCAUACUCCUACAGUCCACCACCAUCUCCAUAUGUUUACAAAUCUCCCCCUUACGUCUAUAGUUCUCCACCACCAUACGCCUACAGUCCACCACCAUCCCCAUAUGUUUACAAAUCUCCACCCUACGUCUAUAGUUCUCCACCACCAUAUGCCUACAGUCCACCACCAUCUCCUUAUGUUUACAAGUCUCCACCUUACGUCUAUAGUUCUCCACCACCAUAUGCCUAUAGUCCACCACCAUACUCCUACAGUCCACCACCGUCUCCAUAUGUUUACAAGUCCCCACCUUACGUCUAUAGUACUCCACCACCAUAUGCCUACAGUCCACCACCAUACUCCUACUGUCCACCACCGUCUCCAUAUGUUUACAAGUCCCCACCUUACGUCUAUAGUUCUCCACCACCAUAUGCUUACAGUCCACCACCAUACUCCUACAGUCCACCACCGUCUUCAUAUGUUUACAAGUCCCCACCUUACGUCUAUAGUUCUCCACCACCAUAUGCUUACAGUCCACCACCAUACUCCUACAGUCCACCACCGUCUCCAUAUGUUUACAAGUCCCCACCUUACGUCUAUAGUUCUCCACCACCAUAUGCAUACAGUCCACCACCAUACUCCUACAGUCCACCACCGUCUCCAUAUGUUUACAAGUCCCCACCUUACGUCUAUAGUUCUCCACCACCAUAUGCCUACAGUCCACCACCAUACUCUUACAGUCCACCACCGUCUCCAUAUGUUUACAAGUCCCCACCUUACGUCUAUACUUCUCCACCACCAUAUGCCUACAGUCCACCACCAUACUCCUACAGUCCACCACCGUCUCCAUAUGUUUACAAGUCCCCACCUUACGUCUAUAGUUCACCACCACCUUAUGCCUACAGUCCACCACCAUCUCCAUAUAUUUACAAGUCUCCACCUUACAUCUACAGUUCUCCACCACCAUACGUCUACAGCCCCCCGCUAUCUCCAAGCUAUAGUUAUAGCUCUCCCCCUCCUCCAAUAUACUAACAAACAUAUAAUGAUGAACUGACUUUCAAAAAAAUUAUAGUUUCGUAUAUCAGCCAUCAUAUUCUUGGAAUAAAACUUCUUGUCUAAAUUGUCAUAUGUAUAAGAAAUGAAAUGUAUAUCUUUGGUUACAGACCA